AUGGACGAGCGCGCGCGCGACGGGUCGACAUGGACGGCAGCGGAGGACAAACUAUUCGAGACGCUGCUCGUCGACAUGGACGCGCCGCCCGACGCCGCUGCAGCGGACGACGCGCGGUGGGAGGCGAUCGCGGCGAAGCUUCCGGGAAAGACGGCGGACGAGGUGCGGCGGCACUACGAGGUGUUGGAGGAGGAUAUUCGCGGCAUCGAGAGCGGCCGCGUGCCGCUGCCUGCAUUCGAUGCCAAUGGCGCGUACGUCCUUGCGAGUGCUGACGUCAAGGACGAGCCGAUGACGUCAGCGGGAUCUCCGCGAGACGGGUCAGGCGCGGAGGCGUCGGGGGCGCGGAAGGCGUCGGCGGGGAGCGCGGGCGCGGGGAAGGAGAAGCAGGCGUCGCCUGCGGGUCAGUCGCAGCAGCAGGCGUCGUCGCAGCAGCAGGCGUCGCAAGGGGCCGCGGCGCAGCAGGCGCGGGGGUCGGAGCAGGAGAGGCGGAAGGGCAUCCCGUGGACCGAAGAGGAACACAGGCUCUUCCUGCUGGGGCUGGCCAAGUUUGGCAAGGGCGACUGGCGCAGCAUAUCGCGCAACUUUGUCAUCUCGCGCACGCCCACGCAGGUGGCGUCGCACGCGCAGAAGUACUUCAUCCGCCUGAACGCCAUCAACAAGGACAAGCGCCGCUCCUCCAUCCACGACAUCACCUCCGUUGCCGCUGCUCAAGGCGCUGCCGGCGACGCAGGCCAGCAGCAGAGCGGCCCGAUCACAGGGCAGCCGGCAGGGGCUGCUAGUGGGGGAGCGCAGCAGGCGCUGCAGCACCAGCACGCGCAUGCCCAUGCCCAUCCUCAUGCUCACACACACGCCCAAGGGGUGCCGUCCCACGGGCAGCCCAUGCCGCCUGCCUCUGCUGUGUUUGGCCCGCCGGUAGGGGCGCCGCCCAUGGGGCACGUGCACCACGGCAUGAUGCCCAUGCCGCCCGCCCCCGGGCACCCCGCGUAUGGCCCGCGCACCCACCUGGCGCGGCCUGUGGUGGCGGCACAUGGCAUGCCCCUCCCCCACAUGGGCUACGUGCAACCCCCCGCCAUGCACCAUUGA